GAUGGUAGUUGGUUGGCGUUGUUAAUUGUUUCCCACAGCAAUGGAGCAACCGCCGUCGCCGCCGCCACGCACCAUCCUCGGAAAGUACCAGCUCACGCGCUUCCUCGGCCGCGGGAACUUCGCCAAGGUGUACCAGGCGCACUCGCUGCUCGACGGCGCCACGGUCGCGGUAAAAGCCAUCGACAAGUCCAAGACGGUCGACGCCGCCAUGGAGCCCCGCAUCGUGCGCGAGAUUGACGCCAUGCGCCGCCUCCAGCACCACCCUAACAUCCUCAAAAUCCACGAAGUCCUUGCCACCAAGACCAAGAUCUACCUCAUCGUGGACUUCGCCGGCGGCGGCGACCUCUGCUCCAAGCCCCCCCGCCGCGGCCGCCUCCCGGAGUCCCUCGCGCGCCGCUACUUCGCGCAGCUCGUCUCGGCGCUCCGCUUCUGCCACCGCCACGGCGUCGCUCACCGCGACCUCAAGCCGCAGAACCUCCUCCUGGACGCCGGCGGCGACCUCAAGGUGUCGGACUUCGGGCUCUCGGCGCUCCCGGAGCACCUCCAGGACGGGCUCCUCCACACCGCCUGCGGCACGCCGGCCUACACGGCGCCGGAGAUCCUCCGGCGCGUGGGGUACGACGGGUCGAAGGCGGACGCGUGGUCCUGCGGCGUUAUCCUCUACGUCCUCCUGGCGGGCCACCUCCCCUUCGACGACUCGAACAUUCCCGCCAUGUGCCGGCGCAUUUCCCGGCGCGACUUCCAGUUCCCUCCCUGGAUCUCGAGAGCCGCGCGGAGCCUCAUCUACCAAUUGCUGGACCCAAACCCUAAAACCCGAAUUAAACUAGAAAACGUGUUCGACAACGCGUGGUUUAAGAACAAGAAUUCGGCACGUGUGAACGCGGAAGAGAGUGUUUUCGAGAGUGACUUGUAUAACAAGUGCUGCGACGGUUAUAAGUUGGGGAUGAACGCUUUUGACAUAAUCUCCAUGUCCUCGGGGUUGGACUUGCGGGGGCUGUUUGAAACGACGUCGGAUAAGGGGAGGCGGUGGGAGAAACGCUUCACUUCCGAUAAGAGCGUGGAGGCCGUGGAGGCGAAGGUGAAGGAGGUUGGGUUGAAUUUGGGGUUUAGGGUUGAGGUUGGGAAGAACGGUGCGAUUGGGUUGGGGAAGGGGAAGGUCGCUUUGGUGGUUGAGGUGUUUGAGAUUGUGCCUCAGCUGUUGCUUGUGGCUGUUAAAGUGGUCGAUGGUGGGGUAGAGUUUGAGGACCUUCAUUGGGAUGAUUGGAGAAUUGGCCUCCAAGAUGUUGUUCUCUCUUGGCAUCAUAAUCAUGACAAUUUGGUAACCCUGUCUCACUAGAAGUCGUAGCUGCUGUUGCUUGCUUUGUAAUUUUUUUUUAUUAGAUUAUUACAAGACAGGGUAAUGUACAGGACAAAAGUUGUGCUACUCCUAGUGUAGUGUUUCUGUCACGGUUCCUCUUUUCAAUGAAUAACACAAUUUUAUGUCAUCUUUACUUUUU